CCACGACACGAGCGCAUGCGUCCAAAGAAGCUGCCGACGUCCCCGAUCUCAUCGGCCGCAUCAUCCAAGAAACUACACAGACCUCACCGCGGAGCGUGCUGGGACUGCCUUCAUUUCACACCUGACGUUCACUUCACUUCACUCACACGCUCGCUCUCACUCAGCGUCUCAGUCCACGCCACGCCGCCGGCCAAACCGUCCCGCCCGCGCGCCGCCGCGGCCAUGGGCGUGAGCAACAACAUCACGGCGUGCCUCAACUUCACGGCCCUCCUCUGCACCAUUCCCGUCAUCGCCACGGGCCUCUGGUUCGCGUCCAAGCAGGGCGCCGAGUGCGCGCGCCUGGCGCGGUGGCCCGUGGCCAUCCUGGGCGGGCUGCUCCUCCUCGUCGCGCUGGCCGGCUUCGUCGGCGCAUACUGGAACCGCCAGGGCCUCCUGGCCGCCUACCUCUUCGCCAUGGCGGCGCUCAUCACGCUCCUCGUCUUCGCCUUCGCCGUCACCCACGGCUCCGGCGCGUACGAGGUGCCCGGGCGCGCCUACCGCGAGUACCGGCUCGAGGGGUUCUCGGGCUGGCUGCGCGGGUACGUCGCCGACCCGCGCCGGUGGGAGGGGAUCAGGGCCUGCCUCGCCGCGUCCGACACCUGCAGGAAGCUCGGCGUGGAGAGCGCAUUCUUCAUCGCCCCCGAGCAGUUCUACCAGUCCCACCUCUCCCCGCUCCAGUCCGGGUGCUGCAAGCCGCCGACGGCGUGCGGGUACGCGUACGUGAGCCCGACGGUGUGGACGAGCCCGGCGAACCCAGCCGCCGACGCGGACUGCGGCGCGUGGAGCAACGACCCCCGCCAGCUCUGCUACGGGUGCAGCUCCUGCAAGGCCGGGAUGCUGGGCAUCCUGCGCGACCAGUGGCGCAGGGCCAACGUGGCGCUCGUCGCCGCCACCGUUGCGCUCAUCAUCGUCUACAUCAUCGGCUGCAGCGCCUUCAAGAACGCCCAGACCGAGGACCUCUUCCGCCGCUACAAGUGGAGCAACACCUGAUAGUUAGAUAUUUCCUGUAUGUAUAUUUCCUGAAUGAUCAACCCAUGAUACAUUGAUACCAACGGCACUACGAUUACUGACGAAAAGUUCUGUAAAUUAUGUAGUGGCAAUGUUUUAGUAUCCAGAGCUGAGAUUAGGGUUGCGUUUGCGUGCCACACUUGGUACACUUGAGCACACAUGGCUACUUAUGCAUGCGUGUGAUACUGUGAUUUCAGGCCGUUUAUAAUGCUGGUGUUUUUGCCUUCGGCCGAAUUCGGGUUUCAGGCGGGUUACUGUAUUCCGUUGGCCGUUGCAUGGUGAUGGUAGACUCUGCAUUUGAAGCUAGGACGACCCUGCAUAUGCACAGACAAGUGUGCCAACGACGACGUGGUUCAAUGACUGAUACCCUGAAGGUUGUGGAUUCCAAAGUUCCUAGCAUCUACUACUCCAACUACUAGUACUAUAUUAAGCUUUUGGAGAUAAACAAUGUAAAGAAGACUAAUAUAAGCAUUGACAAUAUUCCAUGGCAUAAUUUGAUUUAAGAUUCUAGUAUUUAUUAACAGUGACCUAUUCACAA